AAACCCGCGCUGUUCCUUCGUCCAUGUCAGGCCAUCUCGAUCGCUUCGUGCGGACAUCUGGAUGAAGAGCUUGAGAUUGAGCAAUUGAGGAAAGAGCAGGUGCCAAAAGCUCAUCCAAUGCUGGAUUUCUCCAGGCCAUUUGUGAUGAAAAGGUUAAUUCAGCUAAGUUGUGUUGUUGCAAAUGCAAAUCAGUGAAACCUCAAACAGUUCCAAUCGAGCUAAAAUGUCACCCCAGCAGUAUGCAACCGUCCAUCCCAUGUUCUGCCUCACCAUGGCAGUAUAAAAAGAUCUUCAUUUUAUUCUUGCUCUUCAUUCAUUCUUGCAAUUAAAUACAGACGAGGCAGUGGCGUGGAAAUCGUGUUGUUCAAACCCUGUGCUCUCACCAUGGUGCAAGGAAAGGGCCAAAAAGCAUAAUUGAGGCCACCCGUCGCAGGCAAGGUUUGGUGGCCAGCGAAGGUUGAAGAAGGCCGGCACGGACCACCUCCUCGCCGUCUCUCUCCCACCAUAAAUCCGUGCCCCAGGCCAGUUCACCCGCCUCCUCCCACUUUCCUGCCUCCCCUUCCCUCUGCAGCGGACGACGGCAGCAACCCGAGCAUCCGCAUUGCUGUCCGCGGGGCUCGAUUGGACUCCCCAGAUCCCGUUUCGUGGCUGCUGCCUGCGCCUGCGAUCAUCGGUGCCCUUCAAGUAUUUCACAUUGCAGUGAAAGGCCAUUCUAGGGAAUGCAGAAAGAUGUGCUUGCACGCCAGAGAUAACUCCUGUGAAGAGGAGGGCAUUUCUCCCAUUGAUUUGAGAUCACUAAUUCUUGAUGAGCAAGGAUUACAGUUGCUCACUUGGUGCGUUCUACAAUCACAAAGUAAUAAUGAUGCUAUCAAUGUCAGAAAUACUGCUAUGCUAGAUCAUGCAAUUUCUGAUGAUGGUUGAAGUUUUUGCUAUUACGGUUUCUCUCUAAAAUUCCAAUAGGAAAUUGUCUGCUAGCAUUUUUUUGAACGAUGGAACUUGAGAAGAAUGGAAACAUUUUACUGCAAAGGUAUGAGAUUGGAAAAUUAUUGGGGCAAGGAACUUUUGCCAAGGUUUAUCAUUCUAGGAACAUUGUAACUUCUCAAAGUGUGGCUAUAAAGGUGAUUGACAAGGACAAAAUUUUCAAGGUUGGCCUAAUGGAUCAGAUUAAGCGAGAGAUAUCAGUGAUGAAAUUAGUGAGGCACCCCAACAUUGUACAGCUGUAUGAGGUCAUGGCUACCAAAUCCAGGAUAUACUUUGUGCUAGAAUAUGUCAAGGGUGGUGAAUUGUUUAAUAAGGUAGCUAAAGGUAGGCUAAAAGAAGAUGCUGCAAGGAAGUACUUCCAGCAGUUGGUAAGUGCUGUUGAUUUCUGUCACAGUAGAGGUGUUUAUCAUCGUGAUCUGAAGCCAGAAAACCUACUUGUUGAUGAAAAUGGAAAUCUGAAAAUUUCCGAUUUUGGACUGAGUGCUCUUGCUGAAUCAAGACGACAAGAUGGCCUUCUACACACAACUUGUGGAACUCCAGCAUAUGUGGCACCUGAGGUGAUCAGCCGAAAAGGGUAUGACGGUGUCAAGGUUGACACAUGGUCUUGUGGUGUGAUCCUUUUUGUUUUGAUGGCUGGUUAUCUUCCUUUCCAAGAUUCAAAUUUGAUGGAGAUGUACAGAAAGAUUGGGAAAGCAGAGUUCAAAUGCCCAGCUUGGUUUCCAUCUGAUGUACGAAAGCUAGUGUCAAGAAUUCUUGAUCCAAACCCAAGGAGUAGAAUGCCAAUUACAAAAAUAAUGGAAACUUACUGGUUUAAAAAAGGACUUGACAGCAAGCUAAUCCGUAAGAAUAUGGAGACACAGGCGUCAGUUACAGCACUUGCUGAUGUUAAUGUUAUUUUCUCCUCCAUGGGUAGCAGUAGCAGCAAAAAGACUGAGGAGAAACAGGAUGCUGGAAAGCUGACCAACCUUAACGCUUUUGAUAUUAUUUCUCUUUCAGAAGGCUUUGAUCUUUCUGGCUUGUUUGAGGAGACAGAUAAAAAGAAAGAGGCAAGGUUUACAUCAAGUCAAUCAGCUUCAGCUAUUAUCUCAAAACUAGAGGAUGCCGCCACAUGUUCGAAGUUGACAGUUAAAAAGAAAGAAGGCGGUGUGCUGAAAAUGGAAGGUGCAAAUGAAGGAAGGAAAGGUGUAUUGGCAAUAGAUGCAGAGAUCUUUGAGGUUACUCCUUCAUUUCAUUUGGUAGAAAUCAAGAAGAACAAUGGAGAUACACUGGAAUACCAAAAUUUGUGGAAGCAAGACAUGAAACCAGCUCUUCAGGACAUUGUUUGGGCUUGGCAAGGUGAGCGUCAAGAUCAGCAACCUGAAGAUCAUGGUCAUCCAUAGAUUUGUUUCAAUGUUGAACUGAUUUGUCAUGUCAGUAAAGACAUUGCUUAUCAUGUUGGCAUCCAAAAUUGUAUCUCGUGGUUCUAUUCAAUCUUCUGGUGUUCUCAAAUUCAUAGCUAUGUAAUUGGAUUCUGAACUUAUAAUGCUAAAAAUCUUGUUUGAUUUUAUUAUUCGAAAUAUGCCCAAGAAUAUGUUACAAAACUCAAUAUUUAAUGAUUUAAUGCCUGCCUAAAGCUGAAGGGCUGAACACCAUCUUCCA